UAUUUAAGAUUAUUCUUUUUCGACUGACAAAGGAAGAUAUGGCGAAAAAUACCUCUAGUUCAGCUUUCCGCAAAAUCGAUGUGGAUCAAUACAAUGAGGACAACUUUAAGGAGGAUGAAGCGGAUGCCAUAUCAGCGACCGUAGGCCCAGAUGAGAACGAAAUAACAACACUUCUCACACAGGGCAAGUCAGUUGAAGCUUUGGUCAAUGUUUUACAGAAUGCACCCUUACGCUGCAAACAUCAGGUAGUAAAGGACAAUGCAUUGAAUAUAACGCUACGCGUCUUGCUCUCUAUCAAAUCAUCACAAAUGGAUCAGGCUGUGGAAGCACUCGAGCAAAACGAUUUAUUAGAUGUGUUAAUGAAGUACAUUUAUCGCGGCUUCGAGAUACCAUCUGAAGGUUCCAGCGGGCAUUUGUUGCAGUGGCAUGAAAAAGCAUUUGCCAAAGGUGGCGUAGGCUGUAUUGUGCGGGUGCUUUCCGAUACAAAUCGAGCAUAAGUUUCAAUACCGUUAAACAACAUACACUAGUACAUACAUAUAUCUGGGCAAACGAGAAGAGCAAACAACAAAUAUUUGAGCUAUUAAACCCAAUACUUCCAUAGCAGUACUGAGAUGAAUAAUUAGUUAAAACUUCAAUACAUAUAUAUGUACUACCUACUAGUAUGUUGGUAAUCGAUAAAACUGUCGCAAUUCCUGACGUAUUUAGUUGCAAUUGUUAAAGUGCAGGGCGUAUUGCAUGAGAUGGAAAGCGGUCUGUCUGAGCCUGUCAUAGUCAAUAUGUUUAUCAUGUUCUUUUUUUAUAUACAUAAAUAUGUAACGCUACACUUCGAUUCAAAAAAAAGAAAGAAAUUAUUCAUGUUUACUUUUUUUUAAAUUAAAGUAUUAAAGUGUUCAUUUGUCACUUCAUAAA